AGCAGCUGCUUCUGGGAACAGAAGAUCCUUACCAUCUCCAGUCAGCAUAAUGAAAUAUCAAUAUCCUCAGGUGUUUAAGAGCUUUAUAGUUCAACUUGUGAAGUCUUUGAAUAUAGAUGAUCGUGCAGCAUUUGGUUUUUUAUGCUUAGGCAAUGUUCCUGGCUCGAAGUUGGAUGGCAACAUGGCUACCGAUUCUGAGUUAUUCGCGUUAAUCAAAUCCCUUUUGAACGCAGAUCAAUUAUCUUUCAACAACAUGACACUCUUAAAAUAUAUCCUUACGUCAAUUGGACGCAUUGAUUUAUUGCAAGAGCAGGAAAAAGUGGAAUUACAAAUCUCAACUGGUAUGGUUUUGGAAUAUUAUCGAAAGUUUAAAUCGGUUGAUGGCUUCCGCCCUGACGCUCAUGCGAAGCUUCCUGAUGAUAGCCUCGGUGAUAUUGUGGAAAUUUUAUUUACGACCAAGGAAGAAAAUCUAGGGAUGAUAACAAAAAUUCUUGACCAACUCAGGCAGCUUGGUGAUACUCAGCAGAUUUUAAACACGUUCAUUCUUAACUCUCAGCUGUCUUGGUCACUCUAUACAAUCUUACUGGUUAUAAUCGGCGAAAACUAUUCACCUUGGCUGAAUUCGGAGACUUUAGAAGAUGGUCAGUAUUUGAAUUGGUUCACAAAAACCGAAACAAGCAGAUUACUGGCAAAUUGGAUGUUUAGAAAUGGUGGUUUGGAGACCUACAGGGAAUUCAUCAAAGGGAGGAAAGGCGCUUCAAUUAGUGAAUCAGUGUUACGUAACAUUGGAAUUUCCUUGAGUCAAGACAUCAAGCUUCUCGGAGAUCGCGUUUAAAUCAAGUAUUAAAAGUGAAGGGAUUAUUGUUGAUUAUUUCAUUAUGCUGAACAUUAUAUUUCACAUAAAUUAAUACGAUUCAAAGGUGUCUCACAAUACUUUUGACCCUCCUGUGACAAUGCAGGAAGCUCAAAAAUAUUGUGAGAGACCAACACAGAGACCCCUCUCUCGACUGCCACCUUGCCGUGGUGGAGGGGCUUGAGCGUUUCAAUGAUCCUGAGAACUCAGCCGGCGGAGGUACGUAAGCCUCUGGCAGGUAUAACCAAGCCGGAAAGAUCAAAGGGGAGGAACCAGACCAAAAGGCAGUCAAGAUUCCCACUCUAUAUCAAGUUGCACCUUUUUAAAAUAACGUUCCUUUUUUCAAUAAUGAAAAAAAGGGGUGGACGUCGUCAACAUUUCAAGUCAAGAAUUUAUUAUUUUCGAUGGGACUCUACCAGUUGUUCUUAGUUUUAAUUUCUGUCUAUGUGGUUGUAAAUAAAACGCAACAUAGCAAAAAAUUC